AUGUUUCGCAUUCAUCAAUCUACUCACAGUGAACAUUUAUAUAAACGCGAAUGUCGAAAAUGUGGAUUUUUGUGGCUAAGCAAUUGUUGUGAGGAUCGUUAUCUCGGUGUUGGCCAACGUACAAUUGUUUUGUCUGGUUGUAUCAAAAAUAAUACUCAAUCGUUGCCUGGUACCGAUUCUUUAUACGUUUACGGGGGAUCAUUUACACCACAAAAGGUUAAUCCUGUCACUAGUUCACAGUCGUGUCCUACAGGCCUUACACAAACAGCUGGACCCAAUAAUAUCAAAGUUUGUUUAGCAGAAAGAUUGGUAUCGAAUCUGAAAAAUUUACCAUUCUUUGGUGGUAUGUUUUCAUGUGAUUAUGGAAAUCCGGCACUUGCUUCAGCUCUUAAAGCAUGCCCAACAAAUUACAACAUAUAUUCGAUAGGUACAAUUGAUGGAAACUGUAUUCUAACAGUAUGCCUAAAAUUUGAAACAUUUAGUACUACGCAAAGCUUGCCUUCCAUUGUACUACUACCAUUUUCCGAUAUCCCAAAUGUAAAUUCCAGCAUUGAAGUCAACCAAACUAUGAAAAGUGGUAUAAUAACCAGUCGACAAGUGCACGAAUUCGAUAUAAUUGAACUACAUCCAGCGCCUAAAAUGAAAUCGGAAGCUAUUCAACUGAAGUUAUCGAUAAGAAAACUUUCAAUUUAUAUAUUUGCUACGGUUUUCAUUCAAUAUUGGACAAACGAUCAAUAUUGA